UGAACGCAAGUCAACAUGACAGCCGAUCUCAUGCGAGCAACGGCGGCAGUGUCAGUGGCCGCUGGGAUCGUGUACGUGGCGUUCCAACUGCACCUGCUCCCAAGAUCUAUCGCAAGCGUUGUGAGCAAAGUUUACUUCUUUCCGACAUGGCCAUUGACUUACCUCUCACGACGAACUGCCUACUAUACGCUGGUUGACUCGCAUGUGUUUGUUGGAGCAGCACCAAUGGAAUUCAUGGGCCAUGUGUCGCAGAUGGCAUCCCGCGGUGUUCGAGGUGUAGUGAAUAUGUGCGAUGAAUACGAGGGGCCUGUGCACGCGUACAAGAAAGCAGGCAUCAAGCAGCUUCGCCUUCCUACGCCAGAUCACACGGAGCCGACCCUAGACGACAUCCGCCAAGCCAUCGCGUUCAUCGAACUCCACAAGUCCCAAGGGGCGCGAGUGUACAUCCAUUGCAAAGCUGGCGCCGGGCGAAGUGCCGCUGUCGCCUUUUGCUGGCUCCUGCAGUCCACGGGAUGGAGCCCGGAAGAAGUUCAGCAGUAUCUGAGCGAGAAGCGGCGGGUUCGCCGCAGCUUGAAGUCCCAACCAACCAUAUUGGCCUUCUACCGCAGCCUCCCGUCUCCUCCAUCUGCUCGCCCCAUCUCCGCCUUCCCGUCGCAAUGAAAUAUCCCGCGAUUGUACACGUCCUUGGGUUAAUAGGAACCGUAUCGGAGCUCUUUGUCGUAGGCUGCUUUCAGGUGCACGUCCGACAGCACGGCAUAUGCGGCAGACAUGCCCUUAAACAGUUCGCCGUCUUCGACAGAUUUGGCUUUGUCUGGUCAGGAAAAUUGUAAGGAGUGUGCCGCCAGAUAAACACUGUGAUGUCGAAUCGUACCUGGAUGAUACAUCAGGG